AUGGCCACCCACGGCCACUCUCUCCUUCGCGUCCCCCAGAACCUCCUCCAGCGCCUGGAAACGCAUUUCCGCGCCCAAUCCACCACCGCCAACGCCCUGACCGCAGCAUCCGCAGUCGCCACUCUCGUCGCAGCCUGGCUCUAUACCGACUAUCGCGCCUGGACGGCCUUCGGAACGGGCGGAACACCGCCAACACCCUCCGGCUACUGGCGCAUGACCAAAAUCCGCAUCUCCCGCCUCCUCUCCAGCGACAGCCUGCGCGACGCCUCAUCCCUCAACCCCAACACGCCCAGCUUUCUAAAGAUAAAACUCCCAUCAAGAUCACACGUCGACCGUCCACGGAUCCAGAGCAGGACCAUGCCCCAACGUCAAUAUCCAUCCUCCCCACCUCUCCCGCGAGACGUCAAACAUCGCCUCCACACCCUCUGUAAGAGCUACUCCGACCGCUACCCCGACUUCCUCACCCUCGCGCCCUCGGCCGUCGAAGGCUUCUCCGCGGACGCAAUCUACGCCCACCCCGACCUGCCCCACCGUCCCGCUUCCGCGUCCGAUCGAUGGCUCAAGAAUGAAAUCGCACACGCCCACCACGAAGAUGACUCCCUGCACGUCUGGCUGACCGAGGCGGAUUGUCGCGCCGUCGUCGAGAGCGGAUGGGGCGAGCGGUUCCCGUUGGCAGCGGACCCGUUUCGGAUUCUGCAUCCGGGGCAGACGUUUGUUUAUGCUCCGAGACCGGGCCAGGGCGCCAUGGCGGAUGUGGAUGUUAUCGAGGAGAUUUUUCGGGCGGGGAUUAGGCACGUUACUGGGGAGGAGAUCUGA